GGAAGAAAUGUUAUAUGUUAUGAAUGAGGAGUUUGCUUAUUGUAUGGGAAUAUACACCUAGAUAUUGAAAGUGGAUAUCUCUUCAAAUUCAAGGAUUUAUUUUAAAAUGUCUAAAUAUAGUGAAUCAACUUUGCAUCUCGAUAGUGACGGUGAAGAGGUGGAAUUCACCAGUGUUAACGGUGAUGGUAGUGAUAGAGAUACGUUGGAGAAAGAGGAUUGUAAUGGUCAUAAAUGUUUAAGUGAAGUUACAGAUGAAGAUAUAAGGGCUAUGGAAUUUAGCACAGAGGAAGAAGCGAUACAAUUUUACAUAACAUAUGCUCAUUUCCAUGGAUUUGCGGUAAGAAAAGAUGAUGUUGUACGCGAUCAUGAAAGGAAAAUUGUUGUUCGUCAAUUACUUUGCAAUAAAGAAGGAAAGAGUGAAAGAAAAAAUAAGAAGAAUGAGGAUAAAUAUCGACCAACUAUGUGAACUGGCUGUCUUGCUAGAUUUCGAGUAGCCUAUGAUUAUGUUCGUAAGCUUUGGAUAGUUACAAAAUUUGAGUCAUCUCAUAACCAUGAAUUAACUCCUGCACGUUUUAUUCAUUUGAUUCCCAAUUAUCGUAAAUUAAGUGAAGCGGAUAAACAAGUUGUCAAUGGUUUGCAUUCACAAGGCGUUAGAACUUGUCAUAUAUUGGGCUUUUUGAUGGGGCAAAAAGGAGGUCAUGAAAGUCUUGGAUUUAUUAAAAAAGACCUAUACAACUAUACUCAUCAUCAAGGAAGGGUAAGAAUUGAAGGUGGUGAUACUUUUGCCACUUUGAGUUAUUUUCAAGGAAAAGCUGAUAGUGAUUCAGCCUUUUUUUCGGAGUUUACCUUUACAGAUGACAGGCGGUUAGAAAAUAUUUUCUGGGCCGAUUCUACCAGCAGAUUUGAUUAUGAAUGCUUUAGCGAUGUGGUUGUAUUUGACACAACUUAUAAAAAGAAUCGAUAUGACAAGCCACUUGUAAUAUUUUGUGGAUUUAAUCACCACGGAGAAACGACCAUUUUUGCAUCGGCUUUACUUUGCGAUGAAACAACAGAGACAUAUAAAUGGGUUUUAGAUAUGUUUGUAAAGGCCAUGUAUGGAAAACAUCCCAAAGCCGUUGUUACUGAUGGGGAUAAAUCAAUGAGAGAAGCUAUUAGAGUUAUAUUUCCAAAUUCAACACAUCGUCUUUGUUCAUGGCAUCUACAUCAAAAUGCUAUUAAACAUGUGAAGAAUGCAAGGUUCUUAAAAGAGUUCAAGACACUGAUGUAUUCUAGUUAUACACCUGAAAAGUUUGAAUCUGAAUGGAAAAGGGUUAUUGAUGAUUGUGGUGUAUCAAAGAAUAAGUGGGUAAUCAAAACAUAUGAAUUGAAACAAAUGUGGGCAAGUUCAUACAUGCGAGACCAUUUUGUGGGUGGAGUUAGAACGACAUCGAUGUGUGAAGGUGUGAAUUCAUUUAUCAAGAAAUAUGUUCAACACAAAAAUAGCCUUGUUGAUUUCUUGCAUAAUUUUGAGCGUGCUUUGAAAGAAUACAGGCAUAAUGAAUUAAAGUCAGAUUUUAAUUCGUUUUAUUAUCAGCAUGUUUUGACGACUCCCUUGCCAGAAUUAAAGCUUGAAGCUUCAAAGAUAUUCACUGCUAAAAAGUUCAAAGAAGUAAAAAUUGCGAUAGAGGGUGUUGCUGCGUUAUCUGUCACUGAACGGGUUGAUGUUGGAAAUAGUCUAAUUUUCAAAGUAAAUGUAUACCGCAACAAAGAUGAAAUUUUUUGGGUUUAUCUUGAUAAGGCACAAAAUAAAUUUUUAUGUGAUUGUAGAAGAUUUGAACGCAGAGGACUUCCAUGUUCCCACAUUAUUUCUGUCAUGAAGUAUGAGGACAUGGAUGCUUUUCCUAAAAGUUUGAUUUGCAAGAGAUGGUCUAAAACAGCAAAGAAUGAUUACAUCACAUCAUUUACCUCCGAAGAAGUUAAUAAUGAGGAAAAAAUGAUCAUGUUCCGUCGAGGGGCACUUGCUGCUGCAUUCAAUAGGCUAUGUGAGGUUUCGUGUAAGAGUGCUAAUGAUUAUAAAGAGGCUUUGGAAGGUAUGAAUAGUUUAUGUGAGAAAAGAAACAAAAUUAAUGAAGUAAAUAUCAAUGGAAAGAGUAAGGCAAAUGAUCAUGUUGCCGGCGAUCCAAUUACUGUGAAGACCAAAGGUGCCCCUAAAAACAAAAAACCCUACAUGAAGCAGCAAAAACAUUGUUCUCAUUGUAGAAAGCUCGGUCACACAAGAAGGAGGUGUCCAAUACUUGCUGGAAUUGACUUCGUAACUGGAGAUGAGGGGGAGGGGGAGGAUUCGCAUGUCGAAUCUGAUUAUGAAUCAAGUCAUUUAAACGAGUCUAUAAGCCACGAGAUGAAUGACGAAACUCAUUAUAGUUUGAUAUCAAAUAGUAGAUAUAAUACUGAUGAUAACAUUGGUAUUAAACGCAAUAGAGAAAAUGGGCACACAACGGGUUUUUCAACACAAGAUUCUGGGAACCAAAAAACCUCAAGUCUAGAUAGAAAGACCGAAAAUAAUGGUACACCACACAGUUUUGGGUAUGGUGUUAGUUCCUCCGUCAAACAUGCAAGUCAAAGUUCAAGAUGGAAUCAUGGUGUUGGGUAUACUAGUAACUAUUUUCCCAUGAGUGGCAUUCCGACUUUGGGUGGAUCAAUGUUUCCACAAUUCCCUUCGGCAAGCAUUCCUCCAUUUCAUUCUAACAACACUGUCUUGGGUUCAGAAACAAAUGAUGCUCCUUCUAAUGAAUCGUUUAUGAGUGUAUUGAAGGACGUGGAGUUUUCUGCAAAACAUCAUAAAUCAUAA